GCACAGUCACUGACCGGCAGAGCCUGGCUGGGGUCCUCGCCCGCCAUGUACUGCACGCGCACGGCGAGGUUGCGCACGGAGCCCUGGCGGCUGCUGAAGUUGAGGCUGCUGUACACCCGAGGCUCCACCAUGCCAGGGCUUGCUCUGUGCCUGCUGUGGGCCCUAGCAACGGCAGUCCAGCCUGCCCUGGGGGCCCCCCUGGGCAGCCAGGAGCUGGCGCAGCAUGAAGAACUAACCCUGCUCUUCCACGGAACCCUGCAACUGGGCCAGGCGCUCAAUGGCGUAUACAAGGCCACAGAGGCACGGCUGUCAGAGGCCGGGCGCAACCUGGACCUCUAUGACCGCACCCUGGAACUCCUGCGGCAAGAAGUCAGCCGGGGCCGGGACACAGCCCGGGAACUCCGAACAAGCCUGGUGGAGACACAGAUGGAAGAGGAUGUUCUGCAGCUACAGACGGAGGCCACAGCCGAGGCGCUGGCAGAGGCAGCCCAGGCACAGCAAGUGCUUCAGGACAGCGUGCGGCAGCUCGAGGGUCAGCUGAGGAGGGCCUGGCUGGGCCACGCCUACCAGGAGCUCGAGGCCUUGAAGGCUCAUGCUGACAAGCAGAGUCACCUCGUGUGGGUCCUCAUGGGCCACGUGCAACGGCAGAGUCGGGAAAUGGCGGCCCAGCAGCACCGACUGCGACAGAUCCAGGAGAGACUCCACACAGCAGCGCUCCCGGCCUGA